UUUUGAGAACUGUCAAACUAUCAACUGUCAGGUGAAUGUUUGGAUGGUGCAUGUGAGCCGAAUUGCGGCACAAAAUUGAAAUAAAACUUUUUUUGUAUUGAAUAAAUUCCACAAAAGCUUCGCAAUAUUUGGUAACUUUUUAUUACUGACUGUUGCUUGGAGCAAAACGGAACAAAAUGCGCCACGCUAAAUUUAUCGCCCGAACGGUGCUUGUCCAGAAUAAUAAUAUAGAGGAAGCUUGCCGUGUUUUAAAUCGGAUUCUCGGCAAAGAGGAAAUUUUCGAUCAAUUCCGGCGCACACGGUAUUACGAGAAACCUUUCCAAACCAGACGCCGCGUCAACUUCGAGCGUUGCAAAGCCAUCUACAAUGAGGACAUGAACCGAAAAAUCCAGUUUGUUUUGCGUAAGAAUCGAGUUGAUCCUUUUCCAGGAUGCUCGUAAGCGACUUAAAAAUAACAAUAAUAAACGAGUAAA